AUGUCAAACCUGCAAACCCCUAUUCUUGACCACAUUGUCAUCCUUGUCUCCCAUGAAACCCUCCUCGGGAUCUCCAAGCAGGUCGACGGUCAAUUCACCCUCGCACCCGGUGGAAAUCACGCCGAUGGGCUUACCGCCAAUAAAUUGAUACUCCUUCCGGACGGCGUGUACCUUGAGUUCAUCGCCUUCUUCGACAACAUUGACCCGGAGAAACGCCGCGCACAUCGUUGGGGAAACGAGAAGGAAAACACCAUCAUUGACUGGGCCUUUACUUUACGGUCGGAGGAAGACUUCGGUGCCGUCCAGCAGCGGUUCAAAAGUGCAGAAACCGAAGCCUCCUACACUGAUCCUAUCGCCGGGGGUCGUACCAAGCCAGAUGGAACAGUGUUGAAGUGGGCUGUCUGCGUGCCUCGGAAUGCCCAAGGCAAGGUUAUCCCGGGAUCUUUGCCUUUCUGGUGUUUGGAUAGAACCCCCCGCGCCAAUCGUGUUCCCUAUGAGGUUGAGCCACACCUCACUCAACACCCCAAUGGUGUGCAGGGUAUCUCCUCUGUGUCAGUGCAUGUCCCGAAUGGGAAGGUGUCGAGUUUCAAGGGGGCAUAUGAUGCGAUAUUUGGCGGGGCUUGGAAUUAUCAAGUUCCUUCUGGGUCGACUGCUGGCGCACGGAGUGUUUCUCUGUCGGGAGGAGAAACCUCUGUUCGGCUGGUUUUCAGUGGACUAAAGCAAGGAAAUGUCGAGCUCCUGCCUGGUCUUGUUGUUGAAAUUGAGAGACAGUAA